AUGCUGCGCACGCGAGCUGCGGCCAAUUCCAAGUAUGCCCUUCAGUAUGUCCAACAGGCGGCAGAAAGGAUACAGCUCCCGUGGCUGUGUCCCGCCCUCGCUCAGACCUAUACUGCCAGACAGCGGCACAGAUCAAUAACCACACGUCCUACGGUGUCGCGGUCAAAAACCUUGCCAGCACCCAUCACCCAAUCGAGGCAUCUCGCCUCCCCAGCGUCCGCACACGAGAACUUUGACCGCGGCGAUGAUUAUAUCCCUUUUACCUACGGCAAUCGAGAAUAUCCCACAUCUCGAAACCCACAGCGAAACUCCAGAAGUGACCUGUCGCCUUUUGACCUCUCUCAAAUAUUGAUGCUCGAUGCCGCCGAUCUUGUCGAAGACUAUCCCGAGAAUCAUGCGGGCAACAACAAGCUGCGAAAUAUUGACGAAAUCGAAGCCACCCUAGACGCAUGUCUGCAAGUCCACCGAUGGGACCGGGCAUUCACACUCCUGUCGCAGUUGAGCCUCUUCUGUCAAAACAAUCCCUCUCGGUUGCGAAACUCCUUCAAUCGCGUUCUUGCAGCCAUGGUGGACGAUGUCAUAUGGAGUCGCACUGCCGACCAUGAAAAACGAAUAAAUGAAUGGAUCGAGGUGCACAUGAGAAAAGCGGACCUCGAACCAGACGCUCAUACUUUUGCGCUGAAAUUGAAGGUGGCCCUGGAAACCCUGGUCGGGUCCAAGAGGGACCGAACAGUGCGUCGCUAUUGGGAAAUGACAAAAAGAUAUCAAUUGGAGAGCAAAGUUCUGAGUCUGCGAGAUGUUCUGGAUGAUAGAGAUCUAGGGAGACUCUCUGAAAUCUGCACAAUCGAAGUCUCGACUCGUCUACCUGAACAGGUUACCGACAUUGCGCCAUUGGAUUCCGUGCAGGUUGGAUCUGUGGGAAAGGAACAAGUCCAUGUUCGGGAAACAGAACAAAAAGGGCUGGGCUUGUCGUCGCUCAAACGCUCGCUGUCUCUUUUCACCGAACCGACAGAGACCACGGUCGAAGCAAGGUCAGCAGAAGAAGAUCCCCUUACACAGAGACAACGACGGUUGGAGAGAGACGCGAUUCAAUCCGCGCUCGAUCGUUGGAAGGCCGAAUUCCAGAAAAGAGCUAGCAUAGGCAUUCUGCCGGCGGAUCUUGCCCAUGGCGAAAUUGGAGCUUUGCUCUGGCAGUGGCAUGAGAUCAUGGCCGAAAAGAUUAAACAAGAGAUCAAACUUGCUAGGGAAGAGGAUGACCUGCCCGGCCCAAAGUCAGCACAACAGAAACUCCGCGCAGAAUGUUCUCCAUUUCUUGAGCUGCUUCCCCCAGAGCAUGUGGCGGCUGUCACCUCCAUCGCCCUGAUGCAGAUCAUGAGCAAAGUCGGCGCAUCAAAGUCGGUCAAGCUGGUCCGGCUGGUCACGUCCCUUGGACAGACGCUCGAAAAUGAAUACAAUGCGACGAAUAUCAAUCGAGAAAGAAAUGCCGUGCGCAAGGCGAAGAGACAAGGAAUUAUCGAGUCCCCGUUCGAACAUGAUGUAACGCUCUCCUCGCACCUACACAGACGUUCGUCACACCACGCAGCUCGACCUUUUGUGUACAACAAAGAAUGGACCAAGGCAAUACACGGGAAGGUUGGGGCUGUACUUUGUGAGCUUAUGUUUGAGACAGCCAAGAUCACGAUCAAAAGAAAGGACCAAAACACUGGCGCUACGCUAUCGAUGCCUCAGCCAGUCUUCUUGCACUCUACCGCAUAUCAGAAUGGCCGGAAGGUGGGAAUGGUUUCCUUGCACGAAGACUUUGUCAGGCUCCUUGUCAGCGAACCCGCCGAACAUCUGAUUGCCAAGCAACUGCCCAUGGUGUGCCCGCCAAAGCCCUGGAAAGGCUUCUUUGACGGGGGCUUUCUAGAGUCCAAGCAGCCUUUUCUGAGGAUCAAACAGAAUGAAACUGCGCAAAAGGACUACGGCAUCACUGCUGCAAGUCGAGGUGAUCUAGACCAGCUUUUUGCGGGUGUUGACGUCCUUGGCAAGACGGGCUGGCGAAUCAACAAGGAUGUGUUCUCGGUCAUGCUCGAGGCUUGGAAUAGCGGCGAAGAGGUCGCCAACCUCCCACCUCUGAACAAAGUUUUCCCUGAGAUCGAACGGCCUGGUGAGAAUGCCACGCAGAAAGAACGAUGGGAAUGGUUCUCUAAGAUGCGCGCAAUGGACAACGAGAGAACAGGCAUCCACUCUAACCGGUGUUUCCAAAAUUUCCAGAUGGAGAUCGCAAAGGCUUACCUCCACGAGACGUUCUAUCUGCCACACAAUAUUGAUUUCCGUGGUCGCGCGUAUCCCAUCCCACCAUAUCUCAACCAAAUGGGCGCCGAUAAUUGUCGAGGGCUCUUGUUGUUCGAUAAAGGCCGUGAGCUGGGUCCUGACGGACUGCGUUGGCUCAAGAUCCAUCUCGCCAAUGUUUACGGCUACGACAAGGCUAGCCUGUCUGAUCGGGCUCAGUUUCCCAUGGACCACCUCGACGACAUUUAUGACUCGGUUAAAAAUCCUCUCAGCGGAAGACGUUGGUGGCUGACCGCAGAGGAUCCGUGGCAAUGCCUGGCCACUUGUUUCGAAUUGACCAGUGCUCUCGGAAGCCUCGAUCCCACAAAGUUCGUCUCGAGGCUACCGAUUCACCAGGAUGGCUCGUGCAAUGGACUGCAACACUACGCUGCCUUGGGUGGAGAUCUCGCUGGAGCCCGGCAAGUUAAUUUGGAACCAGGUGACAAGCCUGCCGAUGUGUACAGCGGCGUGUGCGAGCUGGUCAAGGCCGAGAUCAAGGAAGACGCUGCCAAAGGUGACUCACUGGCAAAAUUGCUUGACGGCAAAGUUACACGAAAAGUGGUCAAGCAGACAGUCAUGACCAAUGUUUACGGAGUCACCUUCCUUGGUGCGAUUCGACAGGUGCGAAAACAGGUUGAAGUCCUCAUCCCCGAAGUCGAAGCUGCUGGGCUUUCAGGCAAAGCAUCAACGUAUAUUGCAAGAAAAAUCUUUAGGGGACUUGGUGCACUGUUCACUGGAGCCCACGAAAUCCAGUACUGGUUGGGUGAUUGCGCCAACCGUAUCAGCUCAUCGAUAUCGCCGGCUCAGCAAGAAAAAAUUUAUGAAAAAGCAGCCUCUGGCAUCCCAAAGACCAAAGAGCGAUCAGGCCGAAGUAAAGCCAAGGGCAAAGAAGUAUUGGAAUCUGCCGCGUUCCGAUCUCCCGUCAUCUGGACCACGCCGCUCAAGCUGCCGGUGGUGCAGCCGUAUCGCAUCAACAAGGGAUUGACUAUCCAGACAAAUCUUCAGAGUAUCACACUGGCUCAACCGAGCGUAGCAGACUCUGUUAACAAGAGAAAGCAACUCCAGGCGUUCCCUCCAAACUUCAUCCACUCCCUUGACGCCACGCAUAUGAUACUCUCGGCUUUAAAGGCCAACGAACUUGGUCUCAGCUUUUCUGCAGUACACGACAGUUUUUGGACCCACGCCGCCGACGUCAACUCUCUUAGCGAACUUUUGCGAGAUGCUUUCAUUCGAAUGCAUAGCGACGACAUCAUUGGGCGGCUUGCGGCUGAAUUCAACAAGCGAUACGAUGGUCACUACUAUUUAGCGCAAAUCAAUAAGUCCAAUGUGCUUGGCAAGGCCAUCACCGAGUACCGCAAGCAAAUGGUUGCCGAGGGCGUCUUCCCUGCAGGCAAUGGCUCGAAGAGCAUCCAGCAAAGACGACAUGCCGAGUUAUUGCGAGAAAUCCGAAAGAAGAAAUUGAUGGCCAGUGAGGAUCCCAAAGAACAGGAAGAAGGUCAAAUGAUGGUGACCGCAGCGAGUCUAUAUGAACAAUAUGAUGGAGACAAGUAUCUGUUUCAUCGGGAUUCUUUGGGAGAGACAGCCAUUGGCGCAAUCCCCGAGACGAUGGAGGGAGCCAAAGGUGAGAUCGUGGAUGCGGCUCUCGAUGCAAGCGAAGUGUCUGAGGACGUCGACCUCGCAAGCACGCUGGAUCCGCUCAGAGAUUCAGUCGCCAACGACAAUGACGACGAUACCAUCGACGUCGGCAAAACCGGCAAUACUAUGAGAGAUGCAACCGCAACUGAUCCAGUCGCCAAGGCACAUCAAGUUGCGGUAAAUGCCUUUGGCCAGAGACUCCGAACACAAAAGCGGAAGACUGGGCAGAAGAGCCAGAACAACCAAAUAUGGCUGUGGUUGCCCAUGAAAUUCAGGCCAGUGCCGAAAAGGGGUGACUUUGACGUUAAGAGGCUGAAGGACAGCACGUACUUCUUUUCAUGA